AUGAAGGCGCACCAUGGAAGGGGCCCGCGGCGCUACUACGAACCCGAAGAUCGUGAAUUGGAUAUUCACGUACUCGAAACCACUGCCUACACUCGGCUGAAAGAACAGGGACUUUGUGACCGUGGAAUUGCGCCAGACUUCCUAGGUUCUAUAAGGAAUAUAUAUAAGUACUACCAGUGUCGAGAGAUAGUGAAGGUCUAA